AUGAAAAAAAGGGAGGAGGAGAGGAGGAGAGAUAAGGACGAGACAAGACGACGUCUCCGUCUGCUACUACGCUGGAGGAUCAGGCAGGUCAGGGACGCACGGCAGAGACGAGCAGAGUCGGCCAGAGAGCAAACGACCACUGGGACCGGAAAGACAGCGACAGACAGCGAGGACGAGACAAAAAAAGACCCAAGCAAGAAAGGAAAGGAAGCAGAACUACGGGAAGAGGAAGAAACAGAAGCACAUCAACGCCUGCCUCAUGGUCUGGAGCGAGCUGAGCCAGGCCAGGAGAGGCCAGUCAGAGGGCGGAUGCAGGCAGUGGGCCAAAACGAUACGGGGACAGAGAGAAAAAGCAACCAUGAACCUAUCUGGACACGCUCAUACACAGGAUACAGAGCAAGGAGACGCUCGAGAGACGACGGACAGCCAAAAAGAAGGAAGCAAAACGGUCGAAAAGUGGCUGAUAUCGGUCAAUAUCAAACUUCCGUGUACCGCCUGCGCCCUGCCCCUUACGCCGUACGCAACUCUACGGAAUGCAUAACACCACGCCUACCCAACCCCAACCCAACCGGGGACAAGAGGACGAGGAGAGGAAAGAUAGGUAGACGGGUACAGCAGAUACAGAUACCGAAGAGAUACGAUACUAGCUCCAAGGGCCCGAUGUCUGGCCCACCGGCAUCAACCAGGUCCUCCCCUUUCUCCCACCCCCGGCCAAUCGACCGCUCCUCAGGCCUGCUCUUCGCUGCUUGCCUGGUCGAAUACCACUCACCAACCACACACACCCCCUAG